UUGAUUUAUUUCGUUUAGCCGUGUUCGCAUUUUAAAUGACGCGGUAACAAAUUCAGUGUUGUUAAGUGUGAAAAAAUUAUUCGACUCGUAUUGCAACACUUGACAUUGUUUACGUUUCGGCAUUGUCCGCGUUUUUUAUUUGGCGCUGAAAGAUUUAUAAAAUGGAUCUAAAUACAUUGCUGCAGCGUGCUGAAAGCCUAACGAAGGAAAAGAAUGACUGCGAACUGCCCGGCGUGGAAAGAACACUCCAUCAGGUGUUGCAAGCCACAGAGGAACUGCACAGGCGUGUCACCAAGACCGGCACCAAAGAAAUCCAAGCUCAAAUAUUGCUUGGCUCCAAGGGUAUUGAUCUGCCGAAAUUGAACCAAAAGCUGCAGACACUCAGCGCGAGUAAGACUUUUGAGCCCCUGGAUAUAGCUGGCGCGGAGACAGAUGUUUGCACGUUCCUAAAAAACGAACGUGAAAAUGCAAUAUUGUCUGUCAUAGAAGAUACUAAUAGAAAUAUCAGUGACUCGGUUAGCAAGCAGAAAUGGGUAAAUUUAAUAAGCUCCUGGAACGAGGAAAAAACACGUUUACUUGAUGCAUUGAUUGGACCGUCGCAGAAUUUUAUUGACUUGCAGCGGUUGCCCGAUCACACGAUCCUGAAUCCAGAAUGCCUGCCUCUCUCCUGUCUCGAUAAGAUGGGUCUAAUAUAUGCACAGGAGCUGUGCCAGUACAAUGCCCUCAUACUCAAGGGCGAACCUCGUCCAAAUCUAGUGCAGAAAUAUGCACAGUUGACCAGCAGUUUUGAAGAUGCGCGUCUUACCGACAUAUGGAUGCUACUUUCGAACGUAACUCAGGUGAGCGAAGUUCAUUGUCAGGGCGAUCCCAUCAAGAAUCGCCACCGGCCAGAGUUUGUACUGAACGCCAAAUUGCAUCUGGAGCGACGCUACAGAGUCUACAUCAAAUCAUUGGUGAACAUGGCCAGCGAUAUCGAUAGCUAUCAAUUGGUGAGAGCCUAUGUAAAUCGUUGCUUUAGUGGUCAACAAGUUAUCGGCCUGGUGGACACAGCUGGCGGGAAGCCCCUUUGGCCACUCAUUUAUUAUAGCUUACGCUGCGGCGCUGUUGAUACGGCUGUGGAUUUCUUACGCGAAGCCGGCUCCAGCUAUGAUGAAUUUGCUCAACUGAUUGCAGAUCGAAAUGGAGGAGUGGUCAACUCCAAGAUAGAGAGUCAACUGAAACUGCAGUACGCCAACAAAAUACGCAACUCCACUGAUGCAUAUAAGAAGGCUGUCUAUUGCAUCCUGCUUGGCUGCGACGCUAACGAGGUUCACGGCGAGGUGGCUAAAACAAUUGACGACUUUAUCUGGAUCAGAUUGUCUAUGCUGCACCCCGGCGACUCAGCAGGCUAUGGCCAGCUCCAAACCUUGAUUAUAGAUAACUAUGGCGAGAAGUAUUUCAAUGCUAGCCAGCAACCACAUCUGUAUUUCCAAGCGUUGGCACUCACUGGCCAGUUCGAAGCAGCAAUUGAAUUCCUGGCUCGCUCAGAUGUUAAUCGAGUACAUGCUGUGCACAUGGCGAUAGCUCUGCAUGAGCUGGGCAUGCUAGGUGGCGUACGAAGCGUUUCUCAACCUCUGCUCACUAUUGACAUAUCAGAUCCCACGCCGCUGCGUCGUCUUAAUUUGGCGCGGCUCAUUCGUCUAUAUGUGCAUCGCUUUGAGGCAAUGGACACUGCCGAGGCACUUCACUACUACUUCACACUGCGCAACCUGAACGAUCCCAAGGGACGCAACAUGUUUCUGAGAUGUGUUUGUGACUUGGUCGUUGACAGCGGUGUGCUGGACACCAGCAUAUUUGAUUUAAUAUUUGGACAGCGACAGCGAGAAGGUGUUGAUGAUGUUACAUUAUUGGGAGGCCUGUUUGGACAGUUCAGCUGCACAGAGUUCGAUACGCAUACAAUGGCUGGCCUGGUGGCUGAUGAAAUGGUGACGCGUGGCAACUUUGAGAUGGCGAUACGUCUCUAUGACAUUGCUGGCAAUCUAAAUCUGGCAUUGAAGUAUACUUCGAUACUGUUGGCGCAGGUGGUGCAGCAGCCCCCAGCGCAGGGUACACUGCGAGCGCGACUGAGCCUAGAAGCCAAGCGCUUUAGCACGCAGCUAACUGCUGCACGUUCCUCGGAUAUUGAGCCAAAGGUAUUUGUGAGCUUUACGUUGUUGCGUGAUUUGCUCAAGUUCUUUGACGACUAUCACGAUGGUAAGUCUUGGGCAGCGCUACAGCAGCUACAGGGCAUACCAAAUAUUAUACCCAAUAGCACUGAAGAUGUGGACGUAUGCUUGGCAAACGUGAAGCAACUGAGUGGUGAUGUCAUUAAGGUCAUACCUGAUGUCAUGCUGGCAGCAAUGGAUCUAGCACUCACACAAUACCAACAGCUGAAGCCAUUGGUGUCUGGCAAUUCAACACAGCAGCAGCGAUUAAACGAGCUGCGUGAACGUGCCAAGGCAAUUGCCAAUAUGGCCGCUACCAUGCCGUAUUGUUCCACAAAUCAGCGCCUCUUGCAGCUUGAGCUCCAGAUGGAGUAAGAUGAAUAAAAUGGUAAUGCCA